AUGGGCAACUAUAUUUCUUGCACCUUAUCAGGACCAGGAGGCAACAAGCAAUCCAGAGGUGUAAAAGUCAUACUCCCAAGUGGUGAAAUCAGACAUUUUUAUCAACCAAUCAAAGCAGCAGAGCUCAUGUUGGAAACUCCUAAUUUCUUUCUUGUAAACACAAGGUCACUUCAUAUAGGCAGAAGAUUUUCUGCACUUAAUGCUGAUGAAGAUCUUGAAAUGGGAAAUGUUUAUGUCAUGUUUCCAAUGAAAAGAGUGAAUUCUUUUGUUACAGCAGGUGAUAUGGGUGCUUUAUUACUUACUGCUAACUCUGUUUCUUCCAAAAGGGUGUCAAUUGGAAAAUUCAGGAUCUUGCCUGAAUGUGCAGAGUCAUCUGCUGUGGAAGUUAAAGAGAUUCAGAGUAACUAUUAUGAACAAACAGCUUUGCCCAAGUUGAAUUUGGAUGAUAUUGAAGACUUUUCAACUGAAGAAUUCAAGCAAAGGUUGUCUAUGUGUAGAUCAAAGAAACCAUUGUUGGAAACUAUUGCUGAAGAACCACUGUAUGGAAGACAUAACUCAGAAAAUGAUUCGAAGAGAAAUGGACAGGAUGAUACUCAUCUUUUAAAUCUCAAGAAAAAGAUUUUUAAAGAAGUUUCAGCAGUUUAUCAGACAGUAAAUGUUAAGCUAAUAUCUGUUGAUUCAUUUAAUCCUGAUGGCUCAAAACAGAAAAACAGGACAUGA